AUGGAUACUCACAGGAAGGGGAAGCAGGCUAUCUGGAUGAAACCUGAUGUGGUGUGGACUUAUGGUGCUUCUAUUUUAACUGGCUGGCACCCUCCCACCACUGCUGAUGUCACUGUGGAGACAGUGCCACCUGAAGUGGCUGAUGGAGACAAUGUCCUUAUACUUAUUGAUGGUCUGCCGAAGAAUAUUAUAGGCUUAGCCUGGUACAAAGGAGUAAAUAAUUUGAGUCUUAUAAUUGCAGUAUAUUCAUUGACAUAUGAUAUAAGUGUGGAAGGGCCUGUAUACAGUGGGAGAGAGACAAUAUACCGCAACGGGUCCUUGUUGAUCCAAAAUGUUACCCGGAAAGACACAGGAUUUUAUACCAUACGAACCAUAAAUAGAAAUGGAGAAUUUGUAUCAAAAACAACCAUGCACCUCCAGGUGUACAGCUCCUUUUGGGUCUGUGAACGCCCUUCCAUCUUUGCCAAGUUUUCUGUUGAUCCAGUCCCACCAAGUGUUGCAGAAGGGGAAAAUGUUAUGCUACUGGUUCACGCCCUCCCACAGAAACUUCUAGCGUUUUUCUGGUACAAAGGGGUGCUUUUGUCAGAGGACAAUGAGGUGGCCCGAUACAGGAUAGACACAAAAUCAAGUGCUCAGGGACCUGCACAUAGUGGUAGAGAGAUGGUGUACAGCAAUGGAUCUCUGCUGCUUCAGAAACUCACCUGGAAGGAUAUUGGAUUCUACACCCUGAAAACUCUGACUACAGAUCUGAAGAAUGAAGUACUACAUGUGCAACUUGAAGUGGACAACUCACGUUAUACUCAAUGUUACCAUCGCACCCGUGCUCCAGUCAUGAUUGAGCGAGUGCCUCAGAAUGUUGCUGUAGGGGAAAACGUUCUGCUCCUGGUGCAUAAUGCACCAGAUCUUCAAACAUUUUCUUGGUACAAAUCAGUGGAAAGAAUAGAUAAGUUUAAAAUUGUAGAAUACAACAGGGCCAUGAAUUCCACCACCUGGGGUCCUGAGGAAACCAUAAGAGAAAAGGUGUACACUAAUGGAUCCAUGCUGCUUAACUGUGUCACUGAGAAAGAUGCAGGAUUCUACACACUACAAACUUUAAGCAGAGAUCUCAAAAUUGAAGUAACACGUGUGCUACUCCAUGUAUACAAGCCUGUGACAAAUCCUUUCAUACAAGUCACCAACAAUGUAGUCACAGUUCAGAGCUCUGUGGUCUUCACUUGCUACUCACCAGACGCUAGGAUCUCCAUCCAUUGGUUCUUCAAUGAUCAGACUCUGCAGCUCACAGAGAGGAUGAAACUCUCCCCUACAAAGUGCAGACUCACCAUAGAUCCUGUCAUGAUAGAAGAUGCUGGAGUCUAUCGGUGUGAGACCUCCAAUCUAGUGAGUUCCAAGAGAAGUAUGCCAGUCAGCCUGAUGGCAAUGUCUUUGGUGUUUCCCUGCAAGGGGUGUGCCCCCUGGCUGUAUCUCCUACUUAUUGCCUCCCUUUUAACCUGCUGGCACCUGCCUACCACUGCCCAAAUCACCACUACCCAAAUCACCACUGCUGAAAUCACCAUUGAAUCAGUGCCAUCCCAAGUGAUUGAAGGAGAAAACAUCCUUAUAUAUGUCAAGAAUAUGCCAGGGAAUCAUGUACCCUUUGCCUGGUUCAAAGGGAUGGGGAAUAUGAGCCGCAGAAUUGCACUCUAUGCAGUGAAUGCUGAAGGACGUGUUAUGGAGCCUGUACACAGCGGCAGAGAGACAAUCUACAGCAAUGGAUCUCUGCAGAUCAGCAAAGUCACCCAGAAAGACACAGGAUUCUACACACUACAACUCAUAAAUAGACAAGGAGAAAUUGUAUCGAAUAUAUCCACAUACCUUCAUGUGUAUUCCUCCCUUUGGAUGUGUGGACACCCUCCCACCUCUCUGCAGCUCAGUAUUGAAUUAGUACCUCCCAGUGUUGCUAAAGGAAGAAGUAUUCUUCUACUCAUUCACAAUCUCCCAAAGAAUCUUCAAACCCUUUUCUGGUACAAAGGGGUGAUUGCUGUGAAGAAAUUUGAGGUUGCCCGACACAUAAUAGCCACAAAUUCUAGUGUGUCAGGGCCUGCACACAGUGGUCGAGAAACACUGUAUAGCAAUGGAUCCCUACUGCUCCAGAGUGUUACCCUGAGUGAUACUGGAUUCUACACUCUACGAACUCUGAGUACAGAUCUGAAAGCUGAAGUAGCACAUGUGCAACUCCAUGUGGACGACUUCCUUUCUACCUUCUGUAAACAUCUCACCAGAAUCAUGAUUGAAUCAGUGCCUCAGAAUGUUGCUGUAGGAAAAGACGUUCUUCUCUUAGUUCAUAAUUUGCCAGAAGACUUUGUAGCACUUUUCUGGUACAAAUCGAUGUAUAGGACAGAGAUAUUUAAAAUUGCAGAAUACAGCCAAGCCAUGGAUUCCACCAUCUUGGGGCCUGCAUACAGCGGAAGAGAACUGUUGUACGCCAAUGGAUCCCUGCAGAUCCUGGAUGUCACUGAAAAAGAUGCAGGAGUGUACAUGCUGGAAAUUUUAAACAGAGGCCUCAAAAUUAAAAAAUCACACGUGCAACUCCAUGUAAAUAGCCAACUUUUGAGUGGAAAUCGCCCUCCCACCUCUGCCCAGCUCAGUAUUAAAUCAGUUCCUCCAAGUGUUGCUGAAGGGGGGAGUGUUCUUCUACUCAUUCACAAUCUCCCAAAGAAUUCUCACACCCUUUUCUGGUACAAAGGGAUGAUUGCUGUGAAGAACUUUGAGAUUGUCCAACGCAUAAUAGCUGCAAGUUUUAAUGUGCCAGGGCCUGCACACAGUGGUAGAGAGACAGUGUACAACAAUGGGUCUCUGCUGCUUCGGGGUGUUACCCUGAAUGAUACUGGAUUCUACACUCUACAAAUUCUGAGAACAGAUCUGAAAGCUGAAGUAGCACAUGUGCAACUCCACAUGGACGCCCCAUUUUCUCCUCACUGUAACCGUCUCAUCUCUGUCCAAGUCAAGAUCAAACCAGUACCACGGAAUGUUGCUGUAGGAAAAGAUGUUCUUCUCCUAGUUCGUAAUCUUCCAAAAGACUUUCAAGAAUUUUUCUGGUACAAAUCGGUAUAUAGGACAGAUUUGUUUAAAAUUGCAGAAUACAUCAGAGCUACGGAUUCCACCAUUUGGGGACUUGCACACAGUGGAAGAGAGAUGGUAUACACAAGUGGAUCCCUGCUGAUCAAAGAGGUCACUGAGGAAGAUGCAGGAUUGUACAUGUUAGAAAUUUUAAACAGAAACUUCAAAAUUGAAAAAGCAUAUGUGCAACUCCAUGUAAAUAAGCCUGUGACAGAGCCCUUCGUGAGAGUCACCGACACUGCAGUCACAGUACAGAGCUCAGUAGUCUUCACUUGCUUCUCCCCCGACCAUGGAAUCUCCAUCCAGUGGUUCUUCAAUAAUCAGAGUCUGCAGCUCACAGAGAGGAUGACACUGUCUCCAACAAAGUGCCAGCUCAGCAUAGAUCCCACAAGGAUGGAGGAUGCUGGAGAUUAUCAGUGUGAGGUCUCCAAUCCAGUUAGUUCACAAACCAGUAUGCCAGUCAGCUUGGUUGUAAUGGAUGUGUAG